GAAAGGCUCAGUCCCAGUUUGAGUCAGAGCUAGGGACCAUGCUAUCCCAGGCUCAAGGAUAAAAACCAUCGGGCCCAAGUGCCAUCCAUAUUCCAUCUCCAGUCUUUCCUCCACAAAUCAGGAUUCAUCCUUCCUGAAAAGCACGGUCUAAGAGCAAGGGAGGGAACAAAAAAAUCAUGCUAUCACAUAAUACCAUGGUGAAGCAGAGGAAACAGCAAGCAUCAGCCAUCAUGAAGGAAAUCCAUGGAAAUGAUGUAGAUGGCAUGGACCUGGGCAAAAAAGUCAGCAUCCCCAGAGACAUCAUGUUGGAAGAAUUAUCCCAUCUCAGUAACCGUGGUGCCAGACUAUUUAAGAUGCGACAAAGAAGAUCUGACAAAUAUACAUUUGAAAAUUUCCAUUAUGAAUCUAAAGCACAAAUAAAUCACAAUAUUGCCAUGCAGAAUGAGAAAUUGGAUGGAAGCAACUUGGAAAGUGGUUCACAGCAAGCCCCAUUUACUCCUCCUAACACCCCGGAUCCACGAAGUCCCCCAAAUCCAGAAAACAUUGCACCAGGAUAUUCUGGACCACUGAAGGAAAUUCCUCCUGAAAGAUUCAACACCACAGCUGUCCCUAAGUACUACCAGUCACCCUGGGAACAGGCCAUUAGCAAUGAUCCGGAGCUUUUAGAGGCUUUAUACCCUAAACUUUUCAAGCCUGAAGGAAAGGCAGAACUGCCUGAUUACAGGAGCUUUAACAGAGUUGCCACCCCAUUUGGAGGUUUUGAAAAAGCAUCAAAAAUGGUUAAAUUUAAGGUUCCAGAUUUUGACCUACUACUUCUAACAGAUCCCAGGUUCAUGGCCUUUGCCAAUCCUCUUUCUGGAAGACGGUCCUUUAAUAGGACUCCUAAGGGAUGGAUAUCUGAGAAUAUUCCUAUAGUGGUAACAACUGAACCUACGGAGGAUACCACCAUACCAGAAUCAGAAGACCUAUGAAAAGAAAGUUGUAUGUGACACAAGAACCUGUGAACGUGAAUGUUGCUGUUUUAUUAUUCUACUUACUUGCAAAGCCACUUAACACUCUUCAUUAGUAGCAAUAAUUUAAUAGCAAUUUAGCAAUUUUCCUUUUAUGACAUUUAAUUUC